UGCAGCGUUGUUUUGACAAGCCUUAUACAGAAACCCUAGCCCCCCUCUGUUUCCUUAGCCGUUAGGUUUCCGUCACCGCGCGCUCCCUCACCCACCCUCCCUCUUCACCCCUCCUUCUCCCUACCCCCACCCCCGGCAAAAACAUUUCUAAUUCUCUCCUUCCUCAUAGGCCUCCUCUGUUGUUACCCACCCUGAAUCUGUAAAACCUUUCCGCAGCUCUUUUCCUUUUUUUUUUGGAAUUUUUUUUUUUAGAUCUGCAUGGUGAAGCCCUCCUUCGGAGCAUAGAAUUGUGACCUCUUUCCAUAUUCUCCCCCGUUUAUUAAUUUGUGAAACCAAAAUCCACUUCUUCUGAGGGGUAGGCGUGGGGAUAUCUGGGUCUUGUAAGGGUGAAUCUGGGUUUGGUUGUCUUUUGAUUCAGAUCUCUUCUUGCUUCUUUUGAGGGGGUAGCCGGGGCCUCGGCCUCGGCGGGUUCUAAAGCCCCCACCUGUUACAACCAUACAAAAAUUAAAAAUAGAUUUAACAUCCGCCCUCACGGAACCAAUUGUAAAAAUUCCCAAGUAUAAAAUUUAACAACAAAACUAUUCUUUGAUUCUUUUUUCCGAUCUCUAGCAAAAAGAAAUAAUAAUAAAAAAAAAACAGAUCGGGGAAGAGAUGCCGGCCCUUGCAUGCUGCGUAGACGCCACUGUAGCUCCUCCUCCUGGGUACGUCUUCGCCAGGGACAGCUCUCUUCCCGCGCCGGCGGCUGAUUCUGUAUUUCUCCCCUCCUCUGCCGCCGGCGUACCUUCUCCGACAAACGCCUCCGCCACCGCUGACGUCUGUCAUUGGUCGCCAGCUCUUUCUGCUGCACUUUACAAGGUUGAUGGAUGGGGCGCCCCUUACUUCACCGUCAACUGCUCCGGCAACAUUUCCAUCCGCCCUUACGGCACUGAUACCCUUUCCCACCAGGAGAUCGACCUCCUCAAGGUGGUGAAGAAAGCAUCCGACCCGAAAUCCUCUGGCGGUCUUGGAUUGCAGCUCCCCCUCAUUGUCCGCUUCCCAGACGUGCUCAAAAACCGCCUCGAGUCCCUCCAAUCUGCUUUUGAUUAUGCUGUUCAAUCCCAAGGCUACGAAGCUCAUUACCAAGGCGUUUAUCCUGUGAAAUGCAACCAGGACCGCUUUGUGGUUGAGGACAUCGUCAAAUUCGGGUCGCCUUUCCGGUUUGGAUUGGAGGCCGGGUCCAAACCUGAACUUCUCCUUGCCAUGAGCUGCCUUUGCAAGGGAAGCCCAGAUGCUCUUUUGGUCUGCAACGGCUUUAAAGACGUCGAGUAUAUCUCUCUGGCCUUGCUUGCACGAAAGCUGUGCUUGAACACUGUGAUUGUGCUUGAACAAGAGGAGGAAGUUGAUUUGGUGAUUGACAUAAGCAAGAAAAUUGGUGUCCGGCCCGUCAUUGGAGUUCGGGCCAAGUUGAGGACCAAGCAUUCUGGGCAUUUCGGGUCAACUUCGGGUGAGAAAGGUAAGUUUGGAUUAACGACCACUCAAAUUCUCCGUGUUGUGAAGAAGCUUGAACUCUCUGGAUUUUUAGAUUGUCUUCAGUUGCUGCAUUUCCAUAUUGGAUCUCAGAUCCCUUCGACGGCGCUACUCGCUGACGGUGUUGGCGAGGCCGCGCAGAUAUAUUGUGAAUUAGUACGCCUAGGUGCUUGCAUGAAGGUUAUUGAUAUUGGAGGUGGGCUUGGGAUUGAUUACGAUGGCUCAAAGUCAGCUAAUUCUGAUAUCUCUGUGGCCUAUACUCUCCAAGAAUAUGCCUCCGCUGUGGUGCAGGCAGUCCGCUUCGUGUGUGACCGCAAUGGCGUUAAGCACCCGGUGUUAUGCAGUGAGAGUGGUCGGGCAAUUGUGUCCCAUCACUCAAUUUUGAUAUUUGAAGCUGUCUCUGCCAGCUCCUAUGAGACUCCGCAGGUAUCAUCUCUUGGCCUUCAGUAUUUUGUUGAGCGUCUCACCGAGGAAGGCAGAGCUGAUUAUAGAAAUUUAUAUUCUGCGGCCGUCCACGGGGAGUAUGAUACUUGUGUGCUAUAUGCUGAUCAGCUCAAGCAGAAAUGUAUCGAGCAGUUUAAGGAAGGGUCUUUAGGUAUUGAACAAUUGGCUGCAGUGGAUGGCCUGUGUGAGUUUGUUUCCAAGGCUGUUGGGGCAUCUGAGCCUGUCCGUACUUACCAUGUCAAUCUAUCCAUUUUCACUUCAAUUCCUGAUUUUUGGGCCAUCGGUCAGCUUUUCCCGAUUGUCCCAAUUCACCGGCUUGAUGAGAAGCCUGGAAUGAGGGGAAUAUUGUCGGACCUGACGUGUGACAGUGAUGGGAAGAUCGACAAGUUUAUUGGAGGUGAGUCAAGCUUGCCCCUCCAUGAAUUGGAAGGCAUUGGUGGUAGUGGUGGGGGAUACUUUUUGGGGAUGUUCUUGGGUGGGGCUUAUGAGGAGGCGCUCGGAGGAUUCCAUAACCUGUUCGGCGGCCCUAGCGUCGUACGCGUGUCCCAGAGUGAUGGCCCUCACAGCUUUGCUGUGACGUGUGCCGUCCCUGGAUUGUCCUGCGGGGAUGUCCUCCGGGUGAUGCAGCAUGAGCCUGAGCUUAUGUUUGAGACUCUCAAGCACCGCGCUGAGGAAUUUGUGCAUGAAGAAGAUGAUGAUGGCAUGGCCCAUGUUUCCUUGGCCAGUGGCCUAGCCCGUUACUUCCACAACAUGCCUUAUCUUGUGGCACCUUCCUCUUGCUGCUUGACUGCUAAUAGUGGUUACUAUUAUUGCGAUGAUGAAUCUUUUGGUGCUGCUAUUGAGUCUGCCGCUGGUGAGGAUGAGCAGUGGACUGCCUACUGUGUUGCUUGAGUUUGUACUAGUCCCUAUUGUAGCAUCUCCAUUUUAAGCAUUUCAGUCCGGUGGAUGGACUCUGCUCUCUAGUUUGUCGUUGAGGUCGUCUGUUUUUUGGAAUUUUGUUGCUCGUUUUCCUGUUUUAAAUAUGUUCAUUUCCUCUUCUUAGUUCCUGAUGAACAAGAUGUACGGAGGCCCUUUGUAUUCUCCCUACUGUGGAGAACUGGGAAUGUGACCGAAUCAGUCUGCUGAUGUAAAUUCGGUCUCAACUGUUGCCCAAUUCUCUGUGUAGUCAUUUUCAUAUGCCAUCUAAGUUGACCUCUUUAUCUAGGUUUUAAUAAAUUUAGUUUAAUUAAUGGGCAACCUUUGUAAAGAUGUUCUGUAUUUGGGCAUUAUUUUAUAUUCGA